GACAAAUACCUCUUCUGUGCCAUAGCACAUGGAUUUCAGGACUGCGUGUGAAGAGACAAAGACAGGGAUUUGUUUGCUGCAGGAUGGUAACCAGGAACCUUUCAAAGUGCGGCUGCACUUAGCUAAAGAUAUUUUGACGAUUCAAGAACAAGACGUGAUCUGUGUGUCUGGUGAACCUUUCUAUUCCGGUGAAAGAACUGUAACAAUCAGAAGACAAACCGUAGGAGGAUUUGGAUUAAGUAUAAAGGGAGGAGCAGAGCAUAACAUUCCAGUGGUGGUCUCCAAAAUUUCCAAAGAGCAAAGAGCGGAACUCUCAGGCUUGCUGUUCAUAGGCGAUGCAAUUCUGCAGAUUAAUGGAAUUAAUGUAAGAAAAUGCAGGCAUGAAGAAGUGGUCCAAGUUCUUCGGAAUGCUGGAGAAGAGGUGACCUUAACUGUGUCCUUUCUCAAAAGAGCUCCUGCUUUUCUAAAAUUGCCCCUCAAUGAGGAUUGUGCAUGUAUUCCUAGUGAUCAGAGUAGUGGUACAUCAUCACCAUUGUGCGACAGUGGAUUACAUCUUAACUAUCAUCCCAACAAUACGGACACACUUUCCUGUUCAUCAUGGCCUACAUCUCCAGGGCUUAGAUGGGAGAAAAGGUGGUGUGAUCUCCGAUUAAUACCACUCCUUCACUCUCGAUUCUCCCAGUAUCUCCCAGGGUCAGAUAUGUGCAGGCAAGAUGCAUUCCAAGUAAUAGCAGUGGAUGGUGUUUGCAGUGGCAUAAUUCAGUGUCUUUCUGCUGAAGAUUGUAUUGACUGGCUACAAGCAAUAGCAACGAAUAUUUCCAACCUCACAAAGCACAAUAUUAAAAAAAUCAACAGGAAUUUCCCCGUAAACCAGCAGAUAGUAUACAUGGGCUGGACAGAAGAACGGGAACAAGACUCUCUUCAGGACCGAAUGUAUACACCAAAGUUUCUAGCACUGAGGGGAUCUUCACUUUAUAAAUUUAUAGCACCUCCAGUUACUACGUGGGAUUGGACGAGAGCCGAAAGAACAUUUUCUGUGUAUGAGAUUAUGUACAAAAUAUUCAAGGACAGUGAUCUACUGGACCGGCGGAAACACUGCUUCGGUGUCCAAUCUGAAAAUGGAGAGGAUCUCUACUUUUCUGUGGAAUUAGAGUGUGAGCUCACAUUAUGGGAAAAGGCCUUCCAAUCGACAACUUUUUUAGAAGUUGAACGAAUACAGUGCAAAACAUAUGCCUGUGUGCUGGAGAGUCAUCUUAUGGGGCUUACUAUUGACUUUGGAAUGGGCUUUGUAUGCUUCGAUGCUGCAACAAAGGCUGUACUAUGGAGAUACAAGUUUUCCCAGCUUAAAGGUUCUUCAGACGAUGGCAAGAGUAAAAUCAAAUUUUUGUUCCAAAAUCCAGAUACUAAGCAAAUUGAAGCAAAGGAGUUGGAAUUCUCCAAUCUGUUUGCAGUCCUGCAUUGUAUCCAUUCAUUCUUUGCUGCCAAAGUGGCAUGUUUGGACCCACUUUAUGUUGGCAGUCAAGCCACAGCAUCUGCUGCUGCUACGGCUGCUGUUGCUACAUCUUCUGGCGCUAACAAACUGAAGUAUACAACUUGAAAUCUCCUAUUUCUGCACUUGCCACUUUCCAAGAAUAUAGAACACUAUGUAUAAAUAUUCAUUGGCCUAGCCCUUUGAAGAACA